GUAGAAUUUUGAAAUGUGACUAUCACUAAAUAUCUGUAAUAAUAUUUAAUGUAUUAAAAAUAUAUUAUGUGAUAUUAUUGAAGUGGAAUUAUAACUAAGUUUAUAUCUCGAGAGGCUCGAUAUCACGAAUCAUUCAUGUAUCAACAAAUAUUGGGACAUAUCCGCGUAAUAGUGAACCGCUUUAUGAACAAUUGAUUUUGUUUGAUUAAAAAAACACUGGAAAAUACUUUAAAAGGGAUCAAUUGUGUUAUUUUGUAAACAUGGCUUCGAUUCGUGCGUCUACAUCUACCCAAAGAGAUUCUCAGUCUUCUAGUUUUACAUAUGAGAGCCGCGACAGAGUUAUGCUCAUGAAAAACCUAAUCAAUGAAACGAAUAACAUUGAAAAUAAAACUUCAAAUCCUAUGGAGAUGUUGGAAAUGACCAAAGAGAUAGUAAGGGAAGCAAAUAUAUUGUUUUCGAACGGCAGCAUAGAGGAGAGAGUUCUUCAUCCCGCGGAGAAUUUCUUGGAUUCACAACUGCUGAGAGCCUCUAGUGACGUGAUCGUGCGUUGCUCGCAAGCCAUUAGCAGCAACGUGAACAAGUACGACAAAUUCGAACUGGCUGACCACAUCAGACGCAACGAGGACUUCUGGGAGUUUUCGUUUCCCCUGGAGGCGCCCGCCGUCGCGUUCCUGUACGGGACGUUCGCGCCCACGCCGCUGCCGCCGCGAGCGCCGCGGGCCGGCGCGCGCCGCGCCGCGCAGCGCCCGCCGCCCGCCGCGCGCGCGCCCAAGAAGCCCGCCAACGUAGCCACGCAAGAGGAGAGCACCGAAGUGGCAGAGAUACUCCACCGCUCCUUGAAGAAGAUUUGCAAGGACGGUCCCUGUAGCUACUUCCACGUGGUCCUGGACCCGACCAGCUUCAGUCGCUCCGUGGAGAACAUCUACCACUUAUCGUUUCUCGCGCGAGACGGAAGAGUCUCUGUCUAUUUGGAUGAGGCGUCGGGCGUGCCCUAUAUAGACAUGGUGUCUCAUCACAAACGACGACGUGCCGAGAAUUCGUCGGAGAAACAGUUCAUCGUAUCCUUAGACAUGGAGCGGUGGAGGGAUUUAGUAGAAGCGUUCAACAUUAAUGAACCUAUGUUCCGGAAGUUUUGAUAUUGAUAUAAUACAUCUAUAAAAA